AUGUACAAAGCUAUUGCAUUGAUAAUCUUAGUUAUUAUUGGACUAGUUUCGACAUCUCAACCGUUCAAUAAUCAGCCGACAAAACUGAAAUCCUUAGUUUCACCAUUUAAUCCAAGCAAAGUGAACGCCGAUCUAUGUCCAACAUGUAUCAACGAAGUUGUUACACUUGUCAAUGCUUUACUUAAUAUAAUUCUUGAUGAAGGAAUUGUACAGUCAUGCGGUCUUUUGUGUGGAGCUCUUGCCAAUAAAACGGGUUCGAUAAUUAUCGGUGACAUUUGUGAUGUUGGAUGUGAAGCAUUAGGUAUUGAUGAAUUUGUCAAACUAAUCAUUAAAUCCGAUAUUGAUCCUAUUUAUUAUUGUCAACUUGUUAAACUUUGUCCAAUUAAGGAUGAUGGAGAUGCUAAAUUUACAAACUUUAGUGUUAUGCCUAAAACUGCUCCGGAUGGUUCAAAGUUUGUGAUCGACUGUUCUUUUAUCACUCGUAAUGGUACUGGUACAGGUACAAUUAGUAUUGAUAUUAUCGAUCCUAAAAAUGAAACACAAGGCAAUAUUUAUUGGUUCGAAGAAAGAAAACCUGGCACAUAUCCAGAAAGAUUCGGUAUUGAGACUUUAACUACGAAACUUAAUUGUGAUCCUGCAACAGGCUGUAAUGCUUGGCCGAUAGGCACCUACAAUGUUAUUGCACAAGUAUGCAACGGAGAAUGUGGUUCAACGCAUCCUCAUACGUCUAUUUAUGAUGUAGCUAAAACUUCGUUUCAAAUUACAAAGAAAUCAAAAUUGUUUUGA